AUGGCUCAGUUCGACAUCACUUUCCUGCCUGUGCUUGCACGAGAUAGUUCUCAACGCGAUCGCGAGCUAUACCAGGCUACCGCUAAAUCUCAUGCGGCUCGACUAUCGCACAAAUGGCGAAGGGGGAAGCGGUUUGGCGCCGGUAGUGCUAAUCACCAACGUCGGCAGAUUGCCGAAGAGUCACAGUCGAUAGGCGCGAGCGAGACAACAUGGAACCAAGAUUUGGUCUCGCCAGGUUUGGUGUCGAUCCUACAAAAGGGCAACUCGGACCCCUUUGACGCUCUUGCGAUUCAUAUCACCCCACGCGUCAACCAGAUCUUGACGUUCUAUAAGCAUGGCUAUCUGCCAAUGAUCUAUCCGGCUUUCAUGGGCUCCGAAGACGCCAUCCGCCGGAUCGAGGCGUUGCAGACUCAGGAAUACCACAACGGAAUACUAGCGCUCCGCCUUGAAUGCAGUGCCCGAGCCCUCCUUCUCAUCAACGUGGCCUUCAUGAUCAAAACCAGCCCUCAUGAGGGUCUUCAGGACGAGGCGCUCCUGCUAAAGCACCAAACCAUAAAGUCUCUCCGUCGGGAAUUGGUAAAAGGCAGUGUCGGUCAGACGCAAUCGCUCGUUUUGGACAGCGUGGCAAUGCUUUUUCGCGGGGCUCUGAUUGCCGGAGACCUGGACGAAGCGGCGCUCCACGCCAACACGUUGCGGACGCUGCUCGAGCAAAAGUACGAUCGGGAGGGCGGUGUCAUGGAUCUCGGCUUUCUCCUACGUGUCCUCUAUCAGAACAAGCAGCUGUCGGUUUUCCGCUUCUCGCUGUCCAUCUUUGACGUCGAGGAAUGGGUCCCCAAGGUGCUCGCGUCGUAUCUGGAGCCGCCCAAGGCUUACCUGGAACCUUUCCGGCAGGCCAUGCUCUGCAGACUCGACCCUUGUGUCUCCGCGGAGCCCCUGCGCACCCUGUUUGUCCAGACGCUGUUUGGAGACUACGUGUUUGGUCUCCCCGCGGAAUUGCUCCCGGGAGAGCAGCUGUUCUCCAUGGUCCAAGUCUGGAUCCACAUUCAGGGCACCAUUCUGCACAGCCGUCUCGUCGACUUUAUCCUGAAGACCGAGGCGCUGCAUCACCUCAACUUCGACCGGGCCACGGAACAGCCCAUGCCCAGUCCGCGCCAGAACCUCUACUGGCAGACGCAGCGGGCGCUUGCGCUCGCGUUCCUGAUCAUGUUCGAGUUCAACCGGACGAACCUAGAGUCCGUGCAGACCGUCUUCGUCAACGCGCGGGACUUCCUCGCGCGGCUCAGAUCCACCCUGUCGCUGACUACGCACGUUGCGGAGAUUGUGCGUUCCCUCGCCGUCGAUGGGCCUGGUGACGGUGAUGAUGAUCUCACAGGAGAAGCACCGCAAGUUGACCCGAGCAACGCCCUACUCUACGCUCUCUGCGUGGGUAGCUGGACGGAGAAAAAGCACAAUCCCCCGUCCUCACGGUACGACGGGAACAAACACGAUCCGGGUAACAGUAGUGGCGGUGCCACCCGUCGUGAUGACAAUAGUGACCACCACAAUACAACCCGCGGUCGAAGUGGCAAUGACGACGAUAGCGACGACGACACCUGGUGGUUCGCCGAAAACCUCGCGCGGCACGCACGCCAGAUGGGUUUGCACAGCUGGCGGGACGUCGGAGGCAUCUUGCAUGGCUUCUACGAUGCCCACGCGUACAUGCCCGGUCUAGAUGAGUGGGUCAAUCGACUCCUCCUCAGGCAUACCUAG